CCAGCGGGCGGCCCUGGUGCUUGUUACCUAGCAACCAGCUCAGUCUCCUAGCAACGGGGGACGCGGUGUUGCCCCAGGCCCCUGCCAGCCACACGCGGGGCUCCAGCCAUGGGCGGCCUCAGCGCCUCCGCCGCCUUCCGGGAGCAUCUCCGCCGGCUGUGCCUGGGUGAAUUCCCCUGCGGCGCCGGCAGCUGGAACAGGUCCCGUUUCGAAUUAAGGAAAAGGAAACCUGAAGGAAAUGCAGCCCAGAGAGAGGCAGAUGCAGGCACAGCCCAGCACCAGGAAACUGGAACUCCCAGUGAAGAGAGCCUGGAAACCUUAAUGGAGUUUGUGAGCAGCCAGGACUCCCCCUGGGCUCUGUCACCUGACUGCAGCCCCGAGGACCAGCACCUGAGGGAGCUGGCAGUACAAUCGCCGCAGCUUAUCCGGGACAACUUCAUCUUCUUGUUCUUCAGGUCCUUAAGGAUAGUGGAUAAAGGAGUAAAUGAAGUUGAUGAAAAUUUGUUGAAGUUUCAAAACCUGGAAGAGCUCAUACUCAGUGCCAAUCAAAUCAGCAAAAUAAACUCUGCCCACCUUCCUAGAACACUGAAGGUCUUGGAGCUCUGUGGCAAUGAGAUUGUCGGUUUGCAGGAUCUGUGUUCUCACCCACCUCCGGAGCUCCAGCAUUUGGGGCUGGGUUACAACAGGCUGCUGGGCUCUUCAGAGGAUAAAUAUCUCACAGCAGAAUUCUGGCCAAAUCUUCUCUCUCUUGACCUAAGUUUUAAUAAUUUUACGGAUCUGUUGGGCAUAGUCUCUAAACUGGCCACUCUGUGGAGGCUCAGAACACUUGUGCUCCUGGGUAAUCCACUAGUGCUCAUUCCUGGCUACAGAGGUUUUGUAAUAGACAGCCUGCCCAAACUCUGUAUACUGGAUGAUAGGAACAUAUCGCCUGAUGAGAAGCAUCAGUUCCAUGGUCUGUCUAGCAAGCCAGAUCUCAUUGUGAAUAAAGCACAACUGGUGGUGAGUGUUGGGAAAAUCAAAGGCGUCCCCAACCCCAUCAAGCCAGAGGAGCUGGAAAGCGGCCCAGAGUCUCCAGUGAUCACUCACAGCUACUAUGUGACAUACGAGUUUGUGGAGAGGGAGAAAGCCGAGGACACUAACAAUGCUGAGGUAAUAAAAUUCCAUCAGAGUCAAAUGGUGGCUACCCCAAACCCUGGGAGCCCACCCGAGAGUGUAGACACAGGAGGAUUGGAGUCUCCAGCUAUCUCUUCUCUGCUUCAACAGGAGCCUCCGGCAAACAGGGCAAACAGGCACCUCACUCCUCGGAAGCCCUGGUCUGAGACCAUUGAGUGCAGCCACAGGAGGGAGCACGUCACUGGGGACUUAGUGGCACUGAAAGCCUUUCUCAUGACUGGAACCACCGUCACUGUUGUAGAGGAAAAGCCCAAAUACUGCAGCCUGGGCACAAGGCUGUUCUAUCUUGCUAGGUGCUUUCAUGGCCCAUUGCUGCAGCUGUGGCUGAAGAUGCAGGCAAGAAGGGGAAGGCAGAGAAGGGAAAAGCAGAGAAGGAGAAGCCAAAGGACGGUGGGCAACAAGCAGAAAAAGAAAAAGGAAAGCCCCAUCGAACUCCGCAGCGACCCGCCUCUUUUGAGAAGCCUGGGGUCUGGGCAUGUGAAUCUGGAGAGCCUCUUAACAGGUGACCAGCUUGUGACCGUGGUGUGUGACUUCGGGGUCCUCAUCACUGAGGAAACAACUCAGCCCCCAUCUCCUAAAGAGAAGGAUGGUAAGAAGAGCAAAGACAAGAACAAAAAAACAAAAACUGGGGGAGAAAGUCCUGCAAGCCAGAAAACCACAGUGGCUGCCAAAGCCAGAUGGUAUCGCCAGAGCUGCACACCUGAGAUACUGUACUGCUGGGCGAGAAAACAAUUUGCAGAGCUGCCCUUCAAGGAGAACUUGACAAGACAGAUCACAAGAGAGCAGCUUGCGUGGCCCUUGUGGGUCUGCUAGAGAAGAAGUGGAGACCUACUUAUGCUUCAGGAGCUUGUAAGAAGAGAUGGUUGAUGUCAGUAAGAAGCGGGUUGGGUGACCCAGACAGUCUCUCCCCACAGGACAGCGCAGCUGUUGAAAAGGGCAGCGUGUAUUUGUUUCCCUAAGGAUUUAUUGGUGAUGUUUCCCAAGACAGAGGGAAGUCACUAGAAGGUAUGGGAUAAAGUGGGAAAGGCCCCCAGAUCCACACACGUUGUAAUAUGUUUCAGCAAAUGAUGCUAGAUGCUAUAGAAAAAGAGCGAGAGCUGGCCAAUGCAGAGGGCUAUUGUCAAAUAUUCCUUGGAGAUGGCUGGUGUUGAAUGAUCAGAGCCAGACAACCCUGGCUCCAACUGGGGAGCAGUGUUACUCUAUGGUCUGCCUACAAUCCCCAUUGUGAAAGUGAAAUGAAUUAUACUAAAG